CUGAGAGCUGAGUUGGUGGUUCCAGCUCAAACCAGCAGUAUUUAGCUAGCUAGCUUGGCACAACCUGGGAGGGACUGCUAAAAUGUUACCAUUAUCUAUAAAAGACGACGAGUACAAGCCACCCAAAUUCAACCUCCUCGCCAAGAUUUCAGGAUGGUUCAGAUCAAUCCUAUCUGAUAAAACAUCACGCAAUUUGUUUUUCUUUCUCUGUCUGAAUCUGUCCUUUGCUUUUGUUGAAUUAUCGUACGGCAUAUGGAGUAACAGUUUAGGUUUGAUAUCAGAUUCCUUUCACAUGUUCUUUGACUGCACUGCACUUUUAGCCGGACUUGCAGCCUCCGUGAUUUCCAGGUGGAGGUCGAAUGACUCAUUCUCAUAUGGAUAUGUGAGGGCGGAGGUGUUGGCAGGGUUUGUGAAUGGCCUGUUCCUCAUCUUCACCGCCUUCUUCAUUUUCUCAGAAGGUGUAGAGAGGGCUUUGGAGCCGCCACACGUGAAUCACGAUCGUCUGCUCCCCGUGUCUGUCGCUGGGCUGCUGGUGAACCUGGUGGGCAUCUUUAUAUUUCAGCACGGGGGCCACGGCCACUCUCACGGAGGGGAUGAAGGUCACAGCCACUCUCUGUUCAAUGGCAAUGCAGGUCACGGACACAGCCAUGGGGGGCAUGGGCACGAGUCCAAACAUGGAGAUGGGCACGAGUCCAAACAUGGAGAUGGGCACGAGCACAGCCAUGGAGAUGGACACGGGCACAGCCACGGAGGGCACGGACAUGGACACAGCCACUCCCACGAGGAGCCCCACUGCCAUGAUGAACUGCACACGCCAGGGAAGGGCUCCAGCAAACAGAUUUUGCAAGGGGUGUUUUUACAUAUCGUAGCUGACACUCUGGGCAGUGUGGGAGUGAUCAUCUCAGCGCUCCUGAUGCAGAAGUAUGACCUGAUGAUCGCUGACCCCAUCUGCUCCAUGUGCAUCUCCAUUCUAAUCGGAGUCAGUGUAGUGCCUUUGCUGAGGGAGUCCAUUGGGAUUCUGAUGCAGCGAACUCCGCCCUCUCUGGACAAUGCCCUGCCAGAAUGCUACCAGAGGGUGCAGCAGUUGCAGGGUGUGUACAAUCUGCAGGAGCCUCACUUCUGGACCCUAUGCACAGAUGUCUACAUUGGCACAGUCAAGCUGCUAAUUGCACCUGACGCUGACAGCAAAUGGAUUCUAAGCCAAACGCACAACAUUUUCACACAGGCUGGAAUACGGCAACUGUAUGUCCAGAUAGAAGUGGCGACGAUGUAGGACUCGUUCCUCGUCUCUCCCUGGGACCAAAGCCUCUGUGUGCUGCUGUGGGGUUUCCUCCCCACCCUUUCCCCCCUAAACCCUGCAUCUCUCUGGGUUUUAAAGUCCACAUCAAAAACCAAGGACCAAGACGGAAGCAGCUACAGGACAAGUACACUGACUCUUGAGAGGACACAAGAAAACGGGGGAAACCAAAACUCGCCAAUUAUGAUGAGACGUCUGCGGGGAAAACGAGAACUUUGCACACACCCACUUCCACCCAUUCUACUGUUUAGGAAGUGUUUAUCUUAAUGUCAGAGACCUAUUUUGGUUUUCUCCCCCCCCCCCCCCCUCCAUUUUAAGAUGGGAUUUUAAUUCAUUUGUAACUAUUGUCUGCGUUAAAGUACACUUCAAUGGACAUUCGUGUUAAGCCCUGCAACCAUGUAAGAUCCAUAGAUGGUCUAUUUUUAUACGUCCAUAUGAGUCACACACAAUUAACAAGGGGCAUAUUCCAUUUGGCCAUUUAGUUGCACACUUGAGCCGUUCAACUGUCAUUCUGGGUUUCUUAAGUGCCUUUUUCACCAAAUCAUGGACUGGAAUCAUGUCCUCCAGACCCAAAAGGAAUUAGAUGACCAACAUGAGUCUUGUUAUUCCAACCCCUUGGUUCCAUCCUUGAUCCAGCAUCCCUUUGAGGGUUGUCAUGGUAUUUUUCCUACGGGAAUAUUGUCAUAAUUCCCUGGACGGCACACAGUGGUUUUAUUUGAACCAUGAACAGCUGCGUACGACCUUGUCAAAGAGGAUGGUUAAAACCGAUGUAAGCCUAAAACCCAUGAUUUCAUUGCCCUCAUUGGUCUUACUUUAAUGUAAUGGGCCAAGUGUGCAGUUGGCCAGUUCCAUUCUUAUUUUGAAAUGUAAUAAAUGAUUUUACUGCAUAUAAUUUAUUUUCUCUCAUUACUGGCAGAGGUUGAAAUUUUGAUAGUUGAACUUGAAGAAAAGGUUUGGCACAGAUUGCACAUCAAUGUUUAUUCGUUACAUGGAUAUUUGAGAGAAGAGGGUGCACAUUUUUAAAUGUAUUUUGCUCCGUUUGCGCUGUCAUCCAUGAUUUAUCUGUACAUUUUUAUUUUUGACAAUGUCAUUAAAUUGUUGCAUAUCAAGUAGGGCUCGACUAUCUGUAGCACUGAAGAGCUACAGCUAUUCAGCUUAAGCAGAGACUGCAUUCACAGUAAACGCUGCAUAUUUCGGCUCAAUUGGAAAUGACCUUUUUUACAUUUCAGAAGCUGUGAACUUCAGCGAUACGAGCCCUUACAUUAUCUGGAGGAAAUGGAGUUGCUGCCGCCUUUUAAAAGUCUAUCCAACUCAGGAACUAGAUGAUGAAUUCUAAGUGUCAUUUAAGCACAUCAGUAUUAAUAAAUCAGUGAAAUAUG